AUGCUAUGUAGAAUCCCGGGCCUGACACGCCACGGUCACUUCACUGCGUUGUAUAAAUCGACCCUAAAGCAUCAUCAUCAUCGGGAUCUUUCAUAAAUAUCGAUAGAAUUAUUGCUUUGAAAAAUAAAAUUUAAGGACUAAAAAAAAUUAAUGGAUAUCGAUAGUUGACUUGAAUGAUAGGUAAUAAGAAGUACAGAACCUACUUGGUCUUUAUCUCUCAGCUCGGGUGUGUUGUUAAAAACGAACUAAAAAACCAUUUCUCUGCAAACUUUUUUACAAUUUCAACUUCGAGAUGGAUAAGGUCAUUAAUGUAUUCAAAGAAGUCAUCAAAAACUCGGUUCCUGUAUCAGGAAAGAUUUUGAAAUCGCCAGAGUCUGCAUUGUUAGUGUGUUCAAAGUGGAGCCAGAGAAAUGUUGAGAGGAAAAUGUCUGUCUCUUCCGAACUGCUCCAAAUCGUCGAUAUGGAUACGUCCAAUGUCACUUCUCUAUCGUCAGUCGACAUCACUUCAGAGUUAAUUACCAAAUAUUCACCUUCGGGGAAGUACAGAGGAUUGUUUCGUGAUAUACCCGCAUCCGGAAAAUAUCCGAAAAAACAGCAUUUGGAACUUUGGUACAAAAAUCGAAUGUAUAGAAAUUGUGAUGUGUCAAUUUUUGAUUUGCAUGGAGAUGUUUAUAAUGACAGUGAGUUUGCGUGUUUCGAGUGGUCUCCUUGUGAGAAAAAAAUUUUAUACGUGGCAGAAAAGAAGAAACCAAAGGCCGAGCCAUUUUUACCCUUGCCUGCUAAGAAAAAUGAUGACGUCCUUUAUGGUUCUGAAUAUUUAUUUACUGAGGAAUGGGGUGAAGCCUUGGUCGGAAAAUCCUCACCUGUUCUGGCUAUUUAUGAUGUAGAAACAAACACAGUAAGUUUAUUAAACGGCGCUCCACCCGAUCUGUCUCUUGGCCAGGGAGUAUGGGCGCCGGAUGGCGGAGUUGUCUGUGUUGCCUGGAAUACCUUGCCACGUCGUCUGGGACUUGUAUACUGUACAAACCGACUCUCUUGGAUUUGCCACAUAUCCCCAGAUGGAAAAUUCACUAAACUGAGCUCAGACGGUUUGGCUGUCAGGAGUCCAAAAUUCUCGCCAAAUGGAGAAUCAUUAGUAUGGCUUGAAAGGAAAGCUGGUGGACCUCAUCAUGCCUGCCAUAGCCUGAUGAAAUUCGAUUGGGUUAAUAAAAAGACCAAAACAGUCAUCGACAUUGUAGAUGAGUACAGUGAAACAAAAAAUGGAUCAAAGUUUUAUGGUCUUUACAAUCUAAGCCUUGGAAAUUGUUGGCUUUCUGAUAACAAAACAAUAGUUGUUUCUACGCCACAGAUGUCCAGCGUGCGGACAUUUUCUGUAGACACAGAUAGUCAUGAAUUGGUUGAUUUGACUGGCUCUGUGGAUGAAGAAAGUUACAGCCUUGGAGUGUUGGAUGUCAGCAAUGACAUACUGCUUUGCUAUAAAUCGUGCAUCGCAGAAACUCCCUAUUUGGUAGUCGGUAGGUAUCGGCAAGACGAAGAGGUCACUUGGAUACCGUUGACAACUCCUGAAACUAUUUGUAAAGAUUUCACGUUUAAUGUGUUAAAGCUGGAAUCUGACGAUUCCAGUAAUGUCAAAAAUUUUUCUGCAAUUUAUUAUGGGCCAAAGAAUAAAAAAGAUACGCCUCUUCUUGUAUGCCCACAUGGUGGACCUCAUUCAGCAUAUACUAAUUCUUAUAGCAUGAUUGUUAAUUUUUUUGCUCAACUAGGAUUUGCUUCAUUGUUAGUCAACUAUCGUGGUUCAAUAGGUGCAGGACAAAAUUCAGUUAACUUCGUUCUCGGCAAAGUUGGAAACUCUGACGUCAAUGAUGUGCACCAAGCCGUGCAAAGCGUGCUUAAACAGUAUUCUCAGGAGCUUAACCAAGACAAAGUAGUCCUAUUUGGUGGUUCUCAUGGUGGUUUCAUUGUUCUUCACCUGGCAGGGCAGUAUCCGUCAUUUUACAAAGGGGUAUCAGCUAGGAACCCAGUUGUUGACAUUGAAGCAUUGUUUUCUUUAUCAGAUAUACCAGAUUGGGCUUUAACAGAAGGAGGGUUCAGCUACAGCCCACUUACCGAAAUGACAGGCGAGGUCUUUGAAUCACUUAGGAAGAUGUCACCAUUGUACUACAUAGACAAGGUAGAGAGCCCGAUACUGUUGCUAAUGGGGAAGAAGGACUUGAGGGUUCACCCGACUCAGGCUCAUACAUUCUUCCAGAGUUUAAAAGCCAGAGGUGUCAAAACAAAGAUGCUUUGCUACGAUGAUAAUCACAGCCUGAGCCAGACGCCCCACGAAGUCGAUUUUUGUAUCAACUCAGCCCUCUGGUAUCUCGAUAUUAUCGAUCAUAAUAUUGAUUAGGGUGUGUUUAGUAGAUUAAUUUUGUGAACUUGAAACAGUAAUGUUACUUAUAAAUAAAAAGAAAACUGAUUUAUCUCAAUUUUA